AUGUUCUUGACUGAAACAUUUUUUGUUGGGACGGUGAUUGUGGAGAAGGCAGAAAGGAGUGAUAUCCCAAACAUUGACAAGAAAAAGUAUCUUGUCCCGGCGGACUUGACUGUUGGACAGUUGGUUUAUGUUAUACGGAAAAGAAUCAAACUGAGUGCAGAAAAGGCAAUCUUCAUAUUUGUUGACAAUGUUCUACCGCCUACAGGUGCUAUAAUGUCUUCAAUAUAUGAUGACAAGAAGGAUGAAGAUGGCUUCCUUUACGUAACCUACAGCGGAGAAAACACAUUUGGUUAUCCAAUUGCUUCCAUUACUUCCGAGUAGUUGGUGCAAAAUUAUAGUGUGCUGAUAAUAAAUACUCAGUUUGCUAUAACUUUCUAAUAAAAGAUAAUUUCUAAUUAUUAAUAUUCUGUAUAGCUUCUAUUUUGUAUAUAGUUUCCGAAUCUUGGAGACACUUGAGAUUUCAGCGUUUCCUAUUAUGUGAAUACAGGUAUCCAAGUUCUUCUUCUUCUUCUCCACUGGUUGGAUCAGUAUAACGAUUAGGCGGUGAUGAAGAAGAUUUGGUGGAUUCGUUUAUCCUGUUCGAUUUAAUGUUGGUUCUUUGAUGAAAUAAUGCUUAUUAUAAUUUGCUGCUCGUCAGUGUUUUUUUUC